AUGGGCAAAUGGCCACAUGCGAGCCGCACUGAGGGCUGGAAACACCAGCGCAAAAAAACUCUGCCGCUACUAACGGUCACGUGCGCGUUGUGCGGAGACUUUAGAAAAAUCGACAAUAGAGCCACUCCACGUUUGUUCAUUCAGUCCGCUGUGGCAACUGACCACUUCGACGUCGUUCUGAUCCUCUACGCUCAUAGGCGCAAGAGCUUUUGGUUCCCGGACGAGACGUUCCUGUGGCGUUUGUGCCUCGACCUGAUGGAGUCGGUGCUGCUUCACUUGAUCGACGCGAUGGAGCACGUCGAGGUCAACGUACGGAACUCUUACUGACGCCUUAACGAGUGACGUGCCAAACUCACAUGAUGCACCCGUCCACGUGCUGAAGCUGCAAGGGCCUUGCCGAGGCAUCCAGGAAGUGAAAAACUGUAUGGAGUCCGCGCCAGGAUAUGCUUGGUGCAUUUUGAAAAAGUUGCGCUACAUUGAAGUGGUACCUUGGAUUUUUCGAUCAACAAAAUGUUGACCACAAAUUGCUCGAAAUCCAAAUCUCGAGCUGUUUCCUGGCA